AUGGGAGAAUGGACCAUUUUGGAGAGGCUGCUGGAGGCAGCAGUCCAGCAGCACUCUACCAUGAUUGGGAGGAUCCUGCUGACAGUGGUGGUGAUUUUCCGUAUCCUGAUAGUAGGCAUAGUGGGAGAGAAGGUGUAUGAGGAUGAGCAAAUCAUGUUCAUCUGUAACACCAUGCAGCCUGGCUGCAACCAAGCCUGUUAUGACAAGGCCUUCCCAAUCUCGCACAUCCGCUACUGGGUCUUUCAGAUCAUCUUGGUGUGCACACCCAGCCUGUGCUUCAUCACGUAUUCUGUUCAUCAGUCUGCUAAAGCACGCGACCGAAGCUACUCCCUCCUGCAUCCUUACAUGGAUCACCAUGGCCAUGGUGGUCAUCACGGUCGCCAUCACGACCAUCACGCCCGCAAGCUUCACUCUCGCAACAUCAACGGCAUCCUGGUGCACCCUGACAGCAGUAAGGAAGACCACGACUGCCUGGAAGUCAAGGAGAUCCCCAACGGACCCCGGGGACUUCCUCAAACACACAAGAGUUCUAAAGUGCGUCGGCAGGAAGGAAUCUCCCGUUUCUACGUCAUCCAGGUUGUGUUCCGCAAUGCGCUGGAGAUCGGCUUCUUGGCCGGCCAGUACUUCCUGUAUGGCUUCAAUGUGCCAGGAAUGUUUGAGUGUGAUCGUUACCCGUGCGUGAAGGAGGUGGAGUGUUAUGUGUCUCGUCCUACAGAAAAGACCGUGUUUCUGGUCUUUAUGUUUGCAGUGAGCGGCAUAUGUGUGCUGCUCAACCUGGCUGAGCUCAACCACCUUGGCUGGAGGAAGAUAAAGACGGCCAUGCGAGGGGUGCAGGCCCGAAGGAAGUCCAUCUGUGAAGUACGCAAGAAGGAUGUUUCACACCUGUCCCAGGCCCCAAACCUGGGCAGAACCCAGUCUAGUGAGUCAGCCUAUGUCUGA